AUGUACUCUCACGGUCCAUUAGACGUGGUAACGGUUAAAAAGAAAAUCACGUAAAUUUGAGUGAAAAUGAAACAUUAAGGAAAUAAACCAUGGAUAAAAGGACAGUCUUGAUAUCCUAGGUGCAGCUGUACUUCAUAUUUUCUUUAAACUGAAGGGACCGGGAUACUGUAGUUUCAAGAUCAAGGAUGACAUUUAUUAAGUCUACUUCUGUGUUCACAGUAAUAGCCGAAGUGACGCUAUGGCUUUUGAUGUCAGUACUGACCUUACUACUUUCCUACAAUCUGAUUGGUGUUGAGCCGUUCAGGCGUGGUUUCUUCUGUGACGAUGAGACGAUACGAUACCCGUACAAAGAUGACACUGUCAGUGACACAAUGGUGGCUGUUAUAUUCGUUGUCGUACCUAUAAUUAUCAUGAUCAUCACAGAAACUGCUCAUAUAGUAUCUUUAAAAGAUAGACAGGCAAAAGGAAACAAAGUUUUGCUACAAAAAUUUUCAGCUAAAUUUUAUAGAACAGUGGGAGCAUUUUUGUUUGCUACAUUGUGUACAAUGUUUCUUACUGAAACAAUGAAAUUAUUUGGCGGUAGACUCCGCCCACAUUUUGUGUCAUUAUGCAAACCAGAUUUCUCAAAAUUGAAUUGUUCCCAAGGAUACAUAAUGAUUCAUACUGGCACGUGCACAGCUGACGUCACAAGAAGAAAACUGUUAGAUGCUAGAAAGUCAUUUCCGUCGGGACAUGCCUCGUUAUCAGCUUUUGGUGCUAUUUAUUUACUGGUGUACCUCCAGUUUCGUUUCGUCUGGACACAGAAGAUAAGAAUACUCUUGCCGCUGAUACAAGUUGGAAUCAUCUGUGCUUCCGCUUUUGUUUGUAUUUCCCGCGUAAAUGAUAAUAAACAUCAUUUUAGUGACGUCAUCGCUGGUGCUAUUUUGGGAACGGUUGUAGCUUUACUUACGUUAAAGUAUGUUUCCUGCAUCCGAAGGAACGGAAAACAUGUCAGCCAUUACCUACCAGAUACAAUUCACGACACACCGACCAGCCCUGUGCUUACAAACACAUCUCCAGCACGGAAUGGACAAACUCCAAAUACUGUUGUCGAAAUGAAAGAUGUAUGACAUUGAUAGAUGACAUUGUCAUGACAUUGAAAUAUGGCAUUGUUUAUAUUACUAGAACAAGAUAUAUAACGAAAGAUUAUGUCAUUUAUGUAUGACAUUGUUUGUGACAUUGAAAUAUGGCAUUGUUUAUAUUACCAGAAAAAAAGAUAUAUAAAUAUA